AUGGACGUUGUUCAAUCCCUCCAAUACUGCCUCAGUUCCAUCGUAGUCCCAAUUCAUAUUUUGAUUUCGCAACGCGCCUGCAUUGCUACCACGGGUUUGUUCAGGGAGCACAUUUCAGUCGUCAGGCUUCUCUUCCCUCCGUUCCAGAAGUACAUCACCAAGAUGAAGCGGCAAAGUGAUUCGCGCAGGUCCAAAGAACCGAUCAAAGGCCGCAGAAAGGUCUCUGCAACAACCUCAGCUGAUAAUCCACUACAGUUAACAACCUCCUCUGAUAAUCCACAGGAACUCAUCCACGAAUUUUCUGAUAGCCCACAGAAGCUCUUUCACCAACUGACUUUACAUGAUACUGAUGUGUCGAUCAAGGCCCGCCUCCUCCACGCAUGGCGCUCCUAUAGUCCAUCAAACCCUGAGCUAAUUUUUGAUUAUGGAACUUUAUGGGUAGAUGAAACGGGGAUGUUGAUCCAUGGGAUCGGAAAUCGUAAUUUUGUUGCAGACUUUGAGAGCAAACUCUCUAUCGGGUUUGUGUACAAAAUCCAAAAAUUCAUAGUCCAACAAGCUAAACAGAUGUACCGGCCAUGCAAGAAUGGUUUAUCCAUCUUUAUCACUCCCAGUACUAAGUUUGAAGAUGUCACUGCCUCCUCUUUGGAUUUUUGCCCUCAAAGCUUUGAGUUUUGCAAUUUUGAAACAUUGGGACUACGUACAGGGUCUAAGGAACUUUUAACGGACGUUGUUGGCUGCCUCAAAUCCAUCAGCCCAGUAGAGUACACAGAUACAUGCAAUGGAGCCGCCACCAAGCAAUCCUUAAUCCUACAAGACGAAAGAGGUACAACCUUAUCAAUUUCUUUAUGGGGAGACUUAGCCUACAAGCUUAAAGCAUAUGAUUUAGCAUUGCCUGCUCAAGCCUCCCCCGUCAUUAUUGCCAUUGGCGGCCUAUUGAUUACCUCUCGCCGAGAUGGAAUCGGAGCUACAAGUAUUUCUGCUACAAGAAUUAUUCUCAACCCCCAAUCUCUAGAUUUUGGAGACUUUAAACCAUAUCCAGAUGAUUUUGAAGGCCUUAUAAAAGUUGCUUCAGAUGCUGCGUUCUCUGUAUCUUUAAUCCCAGUGACCAAUGACACACCUGAGAAAAAGGCAGAACAUGCUCUUCAAUCACAACGAAUCUUAAAGCAACUUAUAGAGCUACGUGCGACCUGUGGAUCACCGAAUAUGUCUUAUAUUUGUCAAGCAACUAUUACUGCUAUCAAAUCACCAACAACAUGGGCAUAUCGGGGCUGCACAAAAUGCUCUCGCAAAGUAACUGAGUGUGGUUCAAACUAUUGGUGCUUAAAGGACAACCAGAUAGCCCCUUCGGAAACAAAGCCAUGGUACCUAACUAGGCUCAUUGUGCAAGAUGGUAGUGAUGAAGCAGUAUUCCUUCUCAUAGGAGAAACUGCAGACAGGAUCUUCACACGUAAAUGCUCAAAACUAUAUGACAACUUCCCGCAAGGCACUGGGAUAUUGCCACCAGAUAUUCAAAGUCUUUGUGGUCAAACCUUGGAGUUUCACGUGAAACUUCCAAAUCAAAACUACAAAGGUGGGGAUGGGGACUUUAUCAUCAGUAAGAUCAUUGGGCUUCUGCAACGGAACGCCAAAACGGACACAAAGAAGCUUCUAACUUCGGCAUCUCAAAACAGGAACAUGGAUAAUGCAUCUGAGUAUAUGUAUUCAAACCCAACAACAAAAUUGCCUACCCCAUUGCUUAAAGGAACUGAAAUUAGCAAAGAAGAAACAAAUUCCAGCAAAACUGAUGCGGUCUUAAAGACAAAGAAGAAAAUGAACAACAAAAACAGAGCAAGUUCACCAACCCAUCUUGAUGGAGAAGUUUGCAUGAUCAGCACACCGCCAUCUACAAAUGAAAAUUCUUUGACCGAUGCUCGAGCAAAAGCAAGAAGCUGCAGGCAAAGUAGAUCGUCGAAAAUCAAUGUACCUGAAAGUACCAACAAGAAGAGGAACAUUGGUGGAUCAUCGGCUCGAGUUAGUAAGAGAAAAGCAAGUACUGCUGCUGAGUUUGUUACCCAAGCUGAUAAUGAAACCCCAAGACCAACUGCUGAUGCAGAACUGCCACAUCCACAGAGUGCAGUUGAAGAAAUUAUCAAUCAAGCAAAACAUCCAAGGGGAAAUCACACCAACCACAACAACGAGGACAAAGUGCUUAUGAUAGACCAAACAUGUUCGGAUAAUAAAACUACAUCUUCUGACGAUGAACAGCCUUUGUCUAAAAUGAUGGCAACAAGAAAAGGCUUGAAUAAGAAGCAAUCACCGGCAGGCAAAGUCCUUUCAGAAGACCACAACGACAGCAUUAACUCACCGCUGGCCAAGGUAAAAAAGGAAAAACUUUCAGCAGCCUCUAAAUUGACGCCAACUCCAGCAACAACUACCGCUGCUGAAAAACUGCGGAAACGUAAGCGGCAACCUGUGAGGAAAUAUGCUUCUUAA